AUGUUUGUGUUAUCACUUGUUACAGUGCUUUUUAUUUUGGUUGAAGAUGUAAAAGCCGCUUCAAACUGGUGCGAAAUAGACGGCGUUAUUCGUUAUAUUUCUUAUGAAAGUGAAUGUCUCAGAUCAAAUUGGUACACUGAAUCGAAUGUAACAACAAUGUGGAUUAAAAUGAAAACUGGGUGUUGUUUAAAUGAAAUGAUAACAUUUGAUGAAACCUUUGGUAAUGGCACAACACUGACCAAAUCGUUUUAUUUUCUUGAUAACAAUUACAUAAAUAUCAAAACACUGUUUAUCAGAGAGUCUUCUCAAGAUGUCCAAAUUCUUGUUUACGAAAGAGCACGACCAGAAGGUCUCUUUGUUUCCUUUGGGUGUUAUAAUGGAAACAAGAAUUGUCGGACAAGUGUUAACAGUUCGACUCCAUCAAAAAUAGAUUACAACCAAAAGGGCAUUUCUCUCUAUUCUGAUAUCGAUCAAAAAUUCUGGAUAUGGUAUUAUCUUCCAAAUGCAAGACAACCAGUACAACUAUUUAUAAAUGGAGUAGUCAAACAAAGUGUUGUAUACCAAUACAUGGUCAAGAUUUCACUUGGAGAACCAUACAGCAAAAAACGGUUUUUAUUCACUGGCAAUUCCGAUGAAAAUAUGAUCAGGUUUGAAGAAGGGUUGACAACAGGCACUUUUAUUCCCAAAGCUGUGUGUGACCGUUUUGGGUAUAAAAGGUUCUUACUCUUCAAAGAAGGUGAAAACUAUGAAAAUGUUACAACCAGGGAUUGUACUUGUCAAAGAGAAGGCGUGAAGCUUCUUAAAAAUUAUUAUUAUAAUUACCCCGACUGCGUGUAUAAUAGUUCGUUGUUUGAUUUGGCUUUAACUAAUCUUACAACAUAUAAUUGGAAAAGUAUCACCAUAUCAAUUGAAAUCACUGAUUGGUAUUCGGUAAUAUUUGCACCCGAUAAAUUCUGGACUUUUAUUAGAGAAUAUGAAGAUGUUAAAUAUCUCAAUUUCACUGUUUUUGAUAUGAAAGAACAAGUUAAUGUCGAAUUCCAAAUGAGUGUGUACAUCAACAAAUUGAUUAUUAGUUCAAUUGGAAAUUACUAUUUUAUAGAAGACGUAGUGAUAAAUACUGUUGAAUACAAAGAAAGUCUAAGGAAUAAAGUCUUGUUUUCUGUUGAUGGAAAACUAGUUAGUAAUGAUGGAAACUUAAAUCGUUGUGGAAGAAGAGCCUUUUAUAGCAAAAGUGAUGACGUGGUAUGUUUUUGCAAUUACACAAACAACAAUUGGGAACCAAAUACACUCGAUUUAAUAAAUCAAAAUGACUGUUUUAAUGACACAAAGAGGGCGGAAUUAACACUGCAAAUAGAUUCAAAUGAAUAUGAAACAACUUCAAUUGAAAAUUGGGGGAAAAUAAUAUUUAAAGGGAUUAAGGUGAAAGUGACUGGAAGUUCGACACUUUGUGGACAAAAUGUUACAGUUCAAAAUACAGUUGCAAUACACAAUAAAUUAGAAAUUCAAAAUACACUCUUUCUAUCAGAAAAGUCGAAUUUGGUUGUAUCAAAUAAAGGAGUUUUGUUACUCAAAGAAAGCAGUACAAUUUAUUUUCAAAACUUAAGCAACAAAUUAAAUAAAAAUGGAACAUUUCAAGUGGAAAGAGGAGGGAAAAUAGAAAUGGCCUACACACAAAAAAUAGAGUAUUCACCUGAUACAAUCAACUGUUUUGAGUUAAUUUCAUUUGAAGAACAACAAAACGCAACUUCCUUUUCUUUAAGUGACAAUUUGAUUGAUGGCAAAUUGCUCAGAAUUUGUCAAAAAGGAGAAGUGGAAGACGUCUCCACUCAAUGCAAUUUAACUUCAUCGAAUUUAUUGAAUCACAACAAUUAUGAGGGAAAUGUCCUUCACUGCCCCAUAAACAACACAAAUUCAAAAAUUGUAAUAAAAAUUGACAAAUUUGAACAAAAUUCAAAUUAUAAAGGAACUUUUCAAACAGAAAAAGCACUCUCAUUUCUGAAGAGCAAAAAUUAUGUGACUAAUUUUGAAGAAGUUGAAGAAAGAGUGUUAUUAGUUGAUAAAAACUCGAUAAGUGGAGGAGAAAUCACUCUUUUUGGAAAUACAAAGAAACUCUUUUUAGGAGAAAAACACGGGUUUCUAAUUUCAGUCAAAAAAAGUUUUAGGGAAACAAAUGAAGUGACAAAAGAAGAACAAAAUUCAAAAACAGUGAUUUUUGACACUCAAUCUAUGUGUAUAGGUUUUGAAGUAUGUGACGACGUGGCAACACCAGAAAAGUGUUUGUCGUGUAACAACAAUUAUUAUUUAGAAAAUAACAAGUGUAAUGCGAUAUCAAACAAAUGUGAAUCAAUUCACAAAAAUACGCAAUUUUCGAUAUGUGAAAAGUGUCAAAUGAAAUUUGAGGCUUCAAAAUAUUUAUGUUUGGAGUGUUCUACAAAUUGUUUGGAAUGUUCAAAUCGAAAAUGCGUUUUGUGUGAAAACAAUAAUUUUUUGAAUGAAAGUGGCGAUUGUGUUCACAUUGAAAAGGAAGAAAAAUAUCUUUUGUACCAUGAUAAUGUUGCUCGAAAAUGCUCACAAGGGUAUUUCAGUACUCAAGAGAAAUGUGAAUUAUGUGGAGAUAAUUGUUUGUCAUGUACAAAUGCAACAAAUUGUGAAAUUUGCGAUUCAAAAACACAAAGAACUUCUGAAGGAAAAUGUGAAGAACAAAACAAUUCAGUUCUCGUUUCAAAUGACAACAUUUUGUAUUGCCAAAAGCACUAUUAUUUGCAUGAACAAACAUGUCAACAAUGUUCUUUGGAAUUUGGGAUUUUAUGUGAAAAGUGUGAUAAUAAAGGGUGUAUCAAAUGUUCCGAAAAUGGGAUUUUAAAUUCCAACAGAAUUUGCAUUGAAAUUGAGUCAAGUGGGUGUACACAGACUCGGAAUUCGUAUUGCCAAAGCUGUGAGUUUGUGAAUGACACAAUUAACGAUUUUGGUGUUUGUGAACUUUCACAAAAUUGCUCAAUUUCAAACAAAAAUAAAAAUUGUCUGACAUGCGAGAACAACUUUUUUUACACUCACAAUUUGAAAUGCGAAAUGUUAACAUCUCAAACACAAAAUUGUACACAUUUGACAAUAGAAGGAGACCGUUGUUAUUCAUGUGAAAAAGGAUGUCACAUGAGUGAUUUUCAAUGUCAAAAAUGCAGUGAAAAUUGCGAUGAUUGUCUGUAUGUGUUAGAUAAAGAAGUUUGUCUGAAAUGUUCUGACAAUUAUUUUUUGGACACCAAUGGAAAUUGCACAAAAGUGUCUGAUAUGUCAAAUAAUUGUCAUAAAUUGAUUGAAGGUCUCUCUCUGUGUGCCAUUUGUGAGACUUCAUAUUUCAGAAACGCGAAUGGAAUAUGUGAAAAUUGUUUAGAAAACUGCACGGAGUGUAAUCAAAGAAAUACAUGUCUGAAGUGCCAAAAGAACAACUUUUUACAUUCUACUUCUUCACAUUGUAUUUCUUAUGAUUUUCUAUUAAAUUGUGAAACAAAAAGUUCGGGUGGGUGUUUGAAAUGUUCCAAUGGGUAUUUUAUUGAUAGUCAGUUCUGCACUUUGUGCUCUUCGAAAACGACGAAUUGUACACAAUGUGGGAAUUAUGGCAUUUGUGAAUUGUGUGAGGACGAUUUUGUGUAUGUUUCGAGUCAAUGCGUCCAUCGAAGUAAAGUUGAUAAUUGUUUAAAAGUUGAAUUAUCGAAAUGCACGAAAUGCACAUUUUGGCAUCUUCCAAAUACAAGUAAGACUUUAUGUGAAGAGCAUGUAGUGUGGUGGGUACUCUUUCUUGUUGUACUUUUUGUAAUUAUAAUUAUAAUUGUUGUUAUCUCAAUCACAAUUCUUAUAAUAUUCAAAGUGAUUGAAAUGAAGAGGGAAGAAAAGAAAAGAAAGACGAUGUGUCUAUUUACAAUGAAGAAAUCGAAUAUUGAAUUUAUGAAAACUUUGAGUAAAGAUGUGGUGACUAAUAUGACGGAAAUACUUUUUGAGAGUGAGACGUUUGGAGAUAUUGAAGUCGGCAAGAAAACAAGGGAAUUAAUCUGUGUUGGGAACAUCUCUAAAAACACAAUAAAAGUGCAAUUCUCGGCGAAAGGAAACAGUUACAAAUAUUCAAUAAAAACAAAACCCCAAAUUGUGGCAAUACCAAAAGGAAAAGCGUGUGAAUUUGAAAUCUUUUUGAAGCCAAAUUGUUCGACUCAAAUUGAUGAAAACAUUUCACUAUUCUCUGCAAAUUUGACAACAGGAGAGACGUCUGAAAUCAGCAUUAAAAUAUGCGCAAAAACAGUCAUUUCAACACGACUUGAUCCCGACGAAUUAAAGGAAGACAAGAAACUUGGUGAAGGAUCUUUUGGUAUUGUGUACAAAGGGACUUUUAGAGGAAAUGUUGUUGCUAUUAAAAAGAUGAAAGAAUUUUCAGAGACGGCAAAAGCAAUAGAAGAGUUUGAGAAAGAAGUGCAGAUGUUAGAUAAAUUUAGAUGCGAGUAUAUCGUCCACUUCUAUGGCGCCGUGUUCAUACCAAGUAAAUUCUGUAUGGUCACCGAAUUUGCUCAAUUUGGAAGUUUACAAGAUUUGAUAAAACACAAAACAAGUGAUGAAGUAUCUUUUCAUAUAAAAGUUAAAAUAUGUGUAGAUGGUGCAAAAGGAAUUUCGUAUUUACACGAAAAUGGGAUAUUACACAGAGACAUCAAACCAGACAAUUUCCUUGUGUUUUCACUCAAGGAGAACGAAUUGGCAAAUGCGAAAUUGACCGAUUUUGGGAGCUCAAGAAAUGUGAAUAGUAUGAUGACUAACAUGACUUUCACUAAAGGUAUUGGUACACCAAAGUAUAUGGCUCCUGAAGUCUUGAAUAAAGAAAAGUACAGAAAAGAAGCAGACGUUUUUUCGUUUGCAAUUACUAUGUUGGAGUGCUUUUUAUGGUGUGAUGCGUAUCCAAAAGAACAGUUCAGGUUUCCGUGGAAUAUUGCUGAUUAUGUAACAUCAGGAAAAAGAAUAAACAGAACUGAUAAUGUUCCAGAAAACGUAUAUAACAUUAUUGAAAAAAUGUGGGGACAAAAUCCAGACGAAAGGUGUGAAAUUAAAACUGUAAUAAAUCUCUUGGAAAAAUGA